AUGUUGCGAUUUUCAGUGUUCCUGUUCCUUGCUGUCUUAAUGCCUAGCACUGGAAAUAUACAAACAUGUUUGAGAGGGGCUGGUCACAAGCCAAGGCCUACCAGAGAGAGAUACUUGAAGGAAUGUACCAUAUAUGCCAAAUCCGCCUGUUGCUCUGCAGACAUUACCAAAGAACUGGCUCAUUCACCGGUUGUUAAAAUAGAUACUACCUUCUGGAACAGAUGUGGAAAUCUUAGCUCAGUGUGUGAAGCUUACAUGAAGAAAAUAGAGUGUUUUUAUAGGUGUUCACCAUAUGCCGUUAAGUGGGCUCAUCCCAAACAUGCAGCUGCUAUUUCUUCAGUUCCCAUAUGCAAAAAAUUCUGUGAUGACUGGUAUGAAGCUUGUGAAAGUGAUCAAACUUGUGUCAGCAAUUGGUUGACUGAUUGGGAAAUUGAUGAAAAAGGAGAAAAUCACUGUAAGAAUGAAUGCAUCCCAAUCAGUGAGAUGUAUGCCAAUGGAACUGACAUGUGUGAGAAAAUGUGGGGUGAUUCACUGAAGGUAAGUCACUCCUCCUGCCUCUGCCUCAACAUGGAUGAAACGGAUCCCAAGGCAAUCAUGCUGAUUCGGGGUAGAGUCUUGGGCAGCAGCAGCAGCAGCAGCAGCAGCCUUACUCGCAGCAUCAACGAGGAUGAUGUAGAAAGAUUCUGUCAGUUCAGGUUGAAAAAGGAAAGAGAGCUGAGGAACAGGAUAAUGGCCUGGCAAAAUACAGUAGUGAACAUUCCGGUUUGGUGCAGGCUCUGCUCCUUCAUACUCAGAGGUGCAUAA